AUGAAGGCCUCCGACACUCUAUACUUUAUCCUGGCAGUAACUGCAUCUGCCAGCAGCUUCAAAGUCCAGGCUCGUUCUGACGAACCGGCUACUCUCGCUCUUUCCAACGACCUGACCAGAAGCUACGGAAGUGCUCGAGUCGCCAAGGACGGACUCCCGCAUUCGAUUGGGGUGCUAUUUGCUUCAACCCCCAUUAAUGUGGGUGGUCAAUUCAAGGCAUCCUCUGCACAGCUGACAGCUGUUCCUUCCGGUGUCACCUGUGUGCUCGAAAACGACGGAGAACCCAUCGCAACUCUGACCGAAGAGACUACCUAUGCCGAUCUCGAUGGAAACCCCAACAAGGCUAUCCCCAUAGACUUGAGUGGUUCUAGAAUCACCUGUACUGUUUAA